AUAAUGUUAAUGGAAAUUAAAUGGAACGAAGAGAGAGCCAAUUACUUGACUGCGGUUUUCGAGCAAUAAUGUGAAUUCUUGUGGUGACUUGGUGGUUUCUUGCGAUAGGCAUUUUAUAGUCGUCAAUUAUUAAGGAACAAAGAAUCAGAGAUUUAAAGUGACCGUUCCGCGUGAUUAGUCGCUCGCGAAAGGAUAUCCCCCACGUAGUAAUAUAUCGUAAACAACGGAAAGAGAACUCAGUGAAAAUUCGGCGAUACGGAAGCGUGAUGUUCGCGAAUCCGCUGGAAGUGAUACGAUCGAGGUGACACUGAGAAGCCGUCAUCGUCGAUGGAAACGGAUAGGACGUCCCGUUCUUCAGCCAGUAGGAGUUGGCAGCGCGGAAGUUAUCGCGGUCGGAGCGGAAGACGGAGGAAACGCAAACGGAAGCCAUGGGGUGAGCGGAUCGCCGACUGGAUCAGGACGCUGAUAGCAUUCCUCUUCAGUAACGUCGGCAUCGUGUGUCUAGUAGUGGGCUACACUAUAGCCGGCGCCUUCCUAUUCAUCCACAUCGAGGGUAAAACCAGGUUGGAUGUCACCAGCGACGUUAUCAAGCUAAGAAAUUCGACGGCCGCCACUCUUUGGGAGCUUACUUCUAAGGAAAAUGUGUUUUCGGAAAAACUUUGGAAGGAAAAAGUAAGAGACAUUCUGAAGAAUUACCAAACAACGAUAGUAUCAGCCAUAAAAGAUGGGUACAAUGGUAUGAGAGAAACUAAGUGGACUUUUGCCGGUGCUUUUCUGUAUUCCCUUACCGUAAUAACGACCAUCGGUUACGGCAACAUUUGUCCCAAGACGAAAUGGGGCAAAGUCGCGACUAUAGUGUACGCAAUAAUAGGGAUGCCGCUUUUUCUUCUCUACCUCAGCAAUAUCGGUGACAUUCUGGCCAGAAGCUUCAAGUGGACCUACGCCCGCUGUUGCUUGUGCAAAUGUCGAAGAAGACCGUACGAUGCGGCAAGCGCGAGAGCGUCGGAGAUAUCGAAUGAUCCGGCUGCGAAAAGAGAACGGUGGCAGAUUGUUAGCACGUAUGGCGAAGAGGUAGAUACGUCGAGCUUGAAUGUAGAAGAAACUUUACCUAGAGACGACGGUGAAGUUAACGGAAACGAUGGUGAUGACGAAGACGAUGACGACGAGAGCGACAGCUACGAUCCUCAGCACGUCACGGUGCCGUUAACUCUCUGUCUUGCUAUUAUGGUGGGGUGA